AUGGCCCCGUCUGUAGCACAAAGAUUAUGUGUCAUAUUCUUUGCAGCAGUAUCUCUCUACCACCUACUUUUCUAUACCCAUUCGUUCCAGGACGUCGGGAAGCGCGCCGAAUGGAGUACAGAUUGCACGGACACGCCGAUACCAACGCCUACUGUCGCCGAGCAAGGAAGCAGCCAACCGGGAGACAGCGGAGCAGUGACCAUUACUGUGACCGUCUUCGUACCCGCGACGACUUCUAGGACAUCUACGUUCACGAGGAGUAGCUCCAACGUCUCGAGUAGCGCAUCGGUAUCUGGUGUCAGCUCUGCGAGCACGACGUCCUCGUCCAGCGUAGCCACGCCGACACAAACACCAUCCGCCACCGCCGGUCAACAAGCGCAGCAAUUGAACCUUGCAUACGUAGGCAUACAAGUUACCGACUCUUGUACCGCUGGACAGCGAGCCUGUAUUAACAACAUGCUCGCAGAGUGCAUCGCUUCUUCAAGCGGAGAUACGCCCAAAUGGGUAACCCAAGCUUGUCCUGUCACCCCUUCGAAUGAGGGCAUGACCUGUGCAGCAGUACCAUUUGUAUCUUCUCCUUCGCCUUCCACGACGUCCAGCGCGCCAACCUCGACACCAACAGGCCUUGCUGGGUACCAGCCCAUUCCGUUGAGCAACUCGGUGGCGAUAGGAUGCUUCGCCAAAAAUGACAUUGCUCAGCGCUUUUCUAGUGCCGGAGUACAAGGUGCAAACGGGGGGAUGUUCCCAUCUGGAUUCCACAGCGGCGCCAUAGGGCAGCUCCAGUUCCGACUGAAGGGCACUGUCGGGCUUGCUUUGAUAGCGGGCUUGGUAUUAUGGUAG